AUGCUAGGACACGUGGCCGUCCAAAAAAGGGACACGCGAAACCCAAGACGGGGGCAUGGCCAAAGACCGAAGGCAACUGUUUCAAAUAAUGCUCAUAAAGGUGUGAUAAAUGCUCUUCGCCUGAUAACAUUUAAUAGAGAAUAUUCCAUGGCAUUAAGAGGUCAAAAACAAGAGCUUGCAGCCAAAUUAAAACUCAAGCCACGGCAAGUAGAAGUUUGGUUUCAGAAUAGAAGAGCAAGGACUAAACUGAAGCAAACAGAAGUGGACUGUGAGUUUUUGAAGAAGUGGUGCCAAAGUUUGAAUGAUGAAAAUAGUAGACUAAAGAAAGAGUUGCAAGAGCUAAGAUCAAUCAAGAUUGAUCAAUGGGCAUCACCUUUUCAUCUUCAACUUCCCAAGAUUAGGACAAUUGCCCUGUGUCCAUCUUGCCAGAAAACAGAGAAUAUCAAAUCUGAGCAAAAGCAUUGUGAUUUGGAUUGUGGAAACCGAAAAGUGGCUAAUGAUGCAAUGUCCAAAGAAGCAAAUUCAGAAACUAUUCUUGUCAAUGAAAAAAACUAA